AUGUCUACCGCUGGAAAUGCAGAUGGUGCGUGCUCUACGAAGGACAACGCUCACUCCAGUGGCAUGGGGUCAACUGUGCUUGUCUCAGUUUUUUUCGCCGAUGGUACCUUACCUAUUCUCUCCUUGAUGCAUGAUGUUGCAAGCUUCAACAACUCCAAUCAGUUCAUCUGCAUCUCCUUGAUCCCGAAUAUAACUGAGACACUGGGUGGGGUUGAAGUACUCCUGGAACAUCUUCCUGUGCUUCCUCCAUCGCGGCCCAUACGGCAUGAGGGCAAGGUCGGCAUGCCAGCCCAUCCUUUGUCCUGCGUCAAGCAUGGGGAAUCUCGGAAAUGA